GCAUCGACAAGGCCAUCGCCGCCGUCGACUCGUCAUCCAUCCUCAUACUUGGCUGUCAACAUCGAAUAUCCAUCUGGCCUCAGACCUAUGGGAUGACGUUUCGCACACCGUGGCCGACAGUGGAUGCGUCUACAUACAACAACAACAACAACAUGGACUACUACCGGACAUGUCAAGUUAUCCUUCUAUCCAUCCAGCGGUCCACCCACAAAUGUUUGCUCGUUCCGGAACUUCGGAUGUCUUGGUAUUGAUGUCGAUCCAUCACAGCCUGUGAAGAUGAAAUAGAAGGCGUUGCCUCCCCCUGUCUAUCGGGCGCUCGACUAUCGUUCUUUCACUUCCUUCCUCCUUCGUGCUUUCCAUUUGUCAAAGCAAAUCUGUUUCUUUUGCUAUGAGCUGAUCUGCAAGAGUCUCAGAUAUCCUUCGUUAUCAUCCCAAAUUUCGUUCGUUUAACCACCAUAGACACUCGUUGACACAAACCCACCAUCUAUCACAGCCAACAUGUUCCUGUCAUCGGUAACUCUUGCCCUAGCGGCCCUAUCUUCACUCACCAUGGCCAUGCCCCCUCGCCGGGCCCGGCAUCAUGCUUGUACAUCAGACAAUAUCAAGGUCCGCAAGGAUUUCGACUCGAUGGCCCCCGAGGAGCGCAAGGCCUACACUGACGCCAUCAAAUGCCUGGCAACCAAGCCCUCGCAAUUGGACCAAGACCUCUACCCUGCUGCAACCAACCGCUACAUGGACUAUGCUGUCAUUCACGUCAACCGAACAAGAGAGGUCCAUCUGUCUGGAUUCUUUCUGACCUGGCAUCGCUAUUACCUCCAUCUGUUCGAGCAAGAUUUGAAGCACCAGUGCGGCUACACUGGGGCAUUCCCUUACUGGAACUGGCCUGCGACUGCAGAUGAUCUUCAGGGCAGCAAAGUCUUUGACGGAUCCGAGUAUUCCAUGUCUGGCGAUGGUGAAUAUGUCGACAGCGGUCCCGUGGUGCUUUCGCCAACUCUUUCGCUUCCCCAUGGAUCAGGAGGAGGGUGCAUCAAGUCUGGGCCUUUUGUCGAUUGGGAGACGACGAUGCAGCCUAUUCCCGUCAGCUACAUCAUCCAGGGUCUUCCACUACCUGACACCGCUUUCCAGCUCAACCAAAGCUGCCUUGCUAGGGACCUCAACACCUACGCCGCGCAGACGUAUACCAACACCACCGCGCUCGAGCUAUGCUUGGAGGCCGAAGACAUUGCAUCUUUUGACACUCAGAUCAACGGCGUGAUCGGCGGUGGUCAGCUGGGAUUGCAUUCCGGCGCCCAUUUCGUGGUGGGGUCUCCUGGGUCGUCGAUAUAUGUCUCGGUGAUGGAUCCCAUCUGGUGGGCUCUCCAUGCAUUUUUGGACAAUCUAUACACUUCGUGGCAGAUCCGCCAUCCAGACAUCGCAGAUACCAUCUACGGCACUGAAACAGCUGUCAAUCUUCCACCGAGUGCCAACGUCACGCUCGACACCAUCUUGCCGGAUUGGGGAUACUUCCAAGAAGACCAAAUCUCAGUGGGAGAACUUAUUAGUACGACCUCCGGACCGUUCUGCUACAAGUACGAUGUUGCCUUGUGAUCGACCUUCUUGGACGUCGGCCAGCACGCAGCAUCAUUCUUACGGCCGCUCCUUUGUCAACCGGUUGCGUUAGGAAUCCGGGCUUACAGGGAUUCGUUUGGGAAGUUCUGUCUCGGUGGUCUAAUACAACCUUUAUAUGCUCUCACGGUUGGGUGUCUACGGUGUCUAGUGUGGGUUGGGUAUUCCGGGGGGGUUUCGGCGUUUGGG